AUGGUGGAAGACGGCCUCUACGAAAAGGUCCAUCGACCCGACAUCGUCCUGGGCCAGCACAUAGUCAACGACAAAGCCGGCACCUUCCAGAUUGGAUCUAGCUACGCUCUAGCCGGGAAGAGAACGUUUCGCAUCAUCGUCCACGGUAGGGGAGGGCAUUCGAGCGCCCCGCAAGGAUGCGUCGACCCAGUCAUCAUUGCCUACUCAGUCGUGCUCAAGCUUCAAACCAUUGUCAGCCGCGAGGUUGACCCACGCGAGACUGUUGUCGUCACGUGUUCGAGCAUUCAUGCAGGGAACUCGCCGAAUGCUAUCCCAGAUACGGCAGAGCUUACUGUCGAUGUCAGAGCCUACUCUGUGGAAGUGUUUGACAAGAUCGUCGAAUCGGUCAAGAGGAUCGUCAAGGCAGAGUCUGAGGCAUCGGGCGUCUUGGAGGAGCCUACGAUUGACGAAAUCGAGCAUUUCAAGGCCAUCUUUGGUAGCGAUGCGUUAGAAGCCAUGGUACCGGAUAUGGCCAGCGACGACUUCUCCAUCCUUGCUCCCGAAGGUACCCCCUACGCUUACUGGACACUCGGAAGUACAUGCCCAGAUAUGUGGGACCGCUACCAAAAGGAGGGGAGGUUGAACGAACUCCCCGCCAACCACUCGCCGCUUUUCGCGCCGGCUAUCCAGCCGACUCUAAGUUUGGGAAUCGAUUCGCUAGCCAUCGCAGCACUGACCUUUUUGCUUUCUAGCCACAGAGACAUUAGCUGA